AUGGGUAUGAGAAUUAGGCCUAGUCAUCCUCUACUGCCAAAACUACUUGGGACCUCUGCAAUUAUUGUUGCCUUAUUCUACUGCUUUCCUGUUCUGCUACCAAUAACGGCAGGACUGCUUGUGCUUGCUGUGGUGUUCUUGCGUAACAAGCCAUGCAACCCUAAUCAUGUACGCAAAUUUUUUGACGGCUUCCGUAUUGGUGGACAUCGUGGGGCUCCAAAGUCUUUCCCAGAGAAUGGUAUGGCUGGAUUCAAGCAGGCAAAGACUGAUGGUGCUGAUUUGAUUGAAUUCGACGUGGCGCUGACGAAAGACGGUGAGGCCGUGCUUUUACAUGACGAUGAUUUGGACCGGACCACUAACCUCAGCGGUCCAAUACGCGAAAAAACUCUGGCACAGCUAGCGCCCGCCAAUAUUAGCGCGAACUUCACCAGAACAACGCAACGCGAUUUGGCACCUGUCCAAAACGAAGGCAUCCCCAGGCUUGAAGCAGUGGUAAAAUGGGCAGUUGAUAACGACAUGAAGAUGCUUUUCGAUGUCAAGGAUUCUGACCCAGAGCUUGUGCACAUUAUUGGAGACCUGUUCGAGAAAUACAACCUUUAUGAUAGAGCAAUCGUGUGCAGUUUUUAUCCAUGGGUGGUCUACCUCAUCAAACAGGGCAACCAGAAAAUACUCAGCGGUCUCACUUGGCGUAGCAAGUUCUUCUCCUACAAGGACAUCGAAAACACCCUGCCUCGAUACAGUGGUUUAAUGCACUACAUCUUCGUUCUGUUUGAUAUCAUUCAUGUGUUUCUACUGAAGCUGAUCACACCAUGGUUCCUCGGAGCUGAUCUGCUGCUCACUAACAACUUCGACAUAUCAAAAAAAGAAGUGACAACUGACUGUGAUCAUAUUCUGUCGUAUAAAUUCGUGAUGGAACAGAAGGAACGCGGUCGUCAUGUGGCUGUGUGGACAGUGAACGAUGUCGCUGAAAUGCAUUGGAUGCUUGAGGAAUUAGCCAUACCGAUUCUUACCGAUCAUCCCUGCUACGCCAGCAUUAUGUCACAUUUGAGUGAAUUCGAGAAAGACUAUCAGCAACCGCACUGGAAAGUGCCGCCCAUCUACCACAACGCGUAG